AAAAAGUAAAGUUAAUAACAAAUGUCAGCGUACACGUGAACUUUGCCAUUUUCACUGAGCUCCACGGCAACGCACGGUGAUGUCUCAUAGUGUGUGAGGAUAUCUCACUGUGAGUAGUCUCUCAGCCUCACACUGGUACUUGUCCGUCUCAAACUCACAAUUUUUACCGCAACGACUGGAUGAGGCAUACCAACCCCACAAUAUUCUCUGACAGAAUUCUUUAGGCUUCAGUGAGUGUAAAAAUCUGCGGUCAAGACCUGCUUCUGAAAUGUCCACCACAUACCAGUCUGAUGUUUCCACUGAACUGUCAACAGAUGAUUCAAACCGCUGGCCUCUAGCUGGCGAGAAGUUUAGUAGGGAAUUCAUGCUCAUCAGUGUUCCUAUUGGCAUCGUCCUGCUUGUGUGCGGAGUCUUUGGCAACGGGUUCCUGCUGCUGGUGCUGGGAACCCAGCGGUCCAUGUGGAAGGUGCACAACAUCUUCAUUGCCAACCUCACCUUUGCCGACCUUCUGGUGGUCUGUGCCGGGCUGCCCUUCCAGGUGCUGGACCUGCUGCUGGGUGUCCAUCCGGUGGUAAAUAUUUUGCACUGCCAGAUCAACGCCUUCGUCACCUGCUUCGGCUUCGGAAUCUCCGUCAUGAGCCUCAUCUGCGUGUCCUUUAACCGUUAUGUCAAGGUCUGUCACACCAAGUACUUUGACAGGAUCUUCUCUGUGCGCAAAAAUGCCGCGUUGUGCGGGGUCAUAUGGGUCGUGACCCUUGGCCUCCUUGUCCCCUUGCUGUACGGCGAUACGAAAGUUGGUUAUGAUUCCAGGUCUCACACUUGUAGUGUUUAUGAAAGGAAGGCCAUAGUCAACUACCGGUCAAUCGUCAUGCUUGGGCUUCUCGUUUUCCCGCCUGCAGCCAUCGGUUUCUUCAACUUUAAGAUAUUUCAGCUCUGGAAGAAGACUCGGAAAAGAAGCCACGGAGGUCUGACAGCAAGGAAGAGCGUUCAUCCCACGGGUUCACCUAGUGUUGCGGUAUCCCUGGACGGGCAAGGAUCUUCACUCGAGCAGUUCAGUUUAGCUUCGAUGGACACGCAGGCGACAUUGGGGUCGAAGAGUGAGGUCAUGUUGCUGACUUCGGGUGGAGAACAGACACCGGAAAAUGUCGGCACCAGUGAGGCAGGAACGUUCUCUGAGGGAAAAGUCGAGAAGAACCCUGAAGCUGGAGAGAGAAGUGGAAGUCAAGGAACCCCUUUGUGCAACAGAAAGAUCCCAUCUUUCACAGACCUGAAAGACGAGGUCUCAACGUCCUGCGCCAGCAACUCUGUUACGGCUUCGGAGUCCCCCCGAGUUACUCCCAGUGGGAAAUACUCCAAGACCCUUAACCAGCAAGAAAAGGAUUAUUUAAGCCGAGUUCGCGCCCACGCUAAGAAAGCCAUGAAAGUUAAGAGUUACCGAGGUGAGAUCGCCCUCGUCAGGAGCCUCUUAACCGUCGCCGUCUGCUUGUUUGUCCUCUACCUGCCCUAUGCCAUCUGUCUCGUUCUCAAUCUCUUCAUUCGCGUUCCUACGGAAGUCAUGAUUCUCAGCAUCAUGUUCCUUUUUGCCAAUUGUUCCAUCAACUGGAUUAUCUACGGGGCCAUGAACACGUCCUUCCGCAAAGCCUACGUCAGCACUUUGAUGGGCUGCUGCCUCUGCUUUUACCGCCGCCGCCUCCGCCGCCGCCCCCAGUUCCGCCCUGCGCAAGAUAACGCAGAGUCCAGCGCCACCGCUUCGCGGAGUGUUCUCUUCUACAACGAGAGUUCCAUGACUGUCAACAAUCAAAGCUGAACUUUUCGGGGAAAAAAAUCAUUUUAACUUUAAAAGAAUACUAGUUAAGUGCUUCAGUGUUGUUCUCUCUUCUAUCAAGUUAUCUAAGGCAAAUGGCAAUGAUAAAAUGUUUCUUCCACUUGUCACCAUUUUGUUUUUCUCUGUUCCAGUCUGCGGGUCCAGUUUUCUCUCUAUUUCUCACUCACUCACUCCUUAUGACAAUUGUUAUGCUCUAUUUGGAACAGAUGACAAAAUGGAUUUGUCUUUAAAGAGCAACACGCAUACAAAAUUACAAAAUUUUCUUUAUUUCACACACAUAAAACAUUUUAAUUCGUCAUUCAUGUCCUUAAUUUUUGUGUGUGCCUCUCCAAUGGAAGUUUAAGCCCAAGAAAUAAACGCUGUUUCAAUGAUUUUUCAGAAAAUGUUAAUAAAUAGAAAACUUCCUUUUUGUCAUGCCAUGUGUCGAGAGCUGGACGGAUUAUAUUAUGUUUUACACACGCAAUACAAAUAUAUUUUUGAGCGCAACUUGAAGAAAUAUAGAUUUAAGAGAAAGAAUGUAAUAAACAAGAAAAAAAUGUUAAAAAACAGGAAGAUAUGGAAAGAAGACAAAGAGAGAUGAAAACAUGGAAAUAAAGAACGAGAGGAAAUGA